UUAGGUUUUGUCGCCCUUACAAAGUCAGUGCCUUUGGCGGUCGUGUAGGGUCAAACCAAGACGCCCACAAUUUUGUCCAUUUUCUCAUGACUUAAAGGAAGUAGCCACCACAGGUGGACAGUACAGGUUCCUUAAGACGACCAUGGCGAUGCAGGGUGGACUUCUCUUCCGUGCCGGCGGCGGUUUGGCCAGAAUCUGCCGUUUCAAGGCGGCGCUCCCGACCAACAUGGCGGCCGCUCCUGCGCUGAAGUUCCACACGUCGGCGGUGGACAGCUACCGUAAGCAGGAGCGCUACAGCUGGUGGAACUACGUGAUGGGUGACUGGUUCAGCCGAAAGGAGAACGAGCGCAGCAAGAUCUUCGUGAUCGAUGGAAACCUCGCAGUGGGGAAGACCACGUUGGGAAAGGAGCUCGCCGAAAAGCUGGGCAUGAAGUACUUCCCCGAGGUGGAUGUCCACUACUUUGACAGGUUCGAGGGAGACGGAUCACCCAUGGACAAAAAGUUCUCAGGCAACGUAAGUCUGGAGCAGUUCUACAAAGACCCAAGCGACCCUGACGGACACUCCAUCCGGUUCCAGCUGGUCAUGUUCGUGCUGCGUUACUUCCAGUUCUGUGAGGCCAUGAACCACCUUAUAUCAACUGGACAAGGUGUAAUCCUAGACAGGUCUGUCCACAGCGACUUUGUGUUCUUAGAAGCUAUGUACAAGGAGAGGUACAUCAAGAAACACUGCUAUGACUACUACUACAUGGUGAAGGAGGAAGUGAUCAACAAGAUCCUGCCCCCACAUCUGGUGAUCUACCUGGAUGUGCCACCGGAGGAGGUGCAGAAGAAGAUACAGAAGAGGGGAAUUGAAAUGGAGAAAGAAAUCCCCCUCACCUACCUGGAGACCCUUGAUGAUGCCUAUAAGAACGAUUUCUUGAAGAACUACAGUAAAUGGAGUGAGGUGCUGACCUACGACUGGACAAACUAUGGGGACACAGAACUGAUCCUGGAGGAUAUCAAUGCCCUGACAUAUGAGAACAGCCCCUGGGCCAAGGAGGAGGACAAGUCACUGCACCAUCGCAGGAGAAUCCUGCAUGACCCGUAUCGGGUGGGAACAUGGUUCAACAUCCCGGAGUUCAUCCCGGAGGUCACCCUGAGCGCUGUGGACAUCAUCAAUCUGCGGGAGGAGCACAAGAAUCUCCCAGGAAGACGAUUUGCACCAGGUUUCAACCCAGACCAGGGGGACAAGGUGUGGUUUAAAUGGUGACCGUUCUCUCCAGAAACCUCUAGUCUACAUUUACAUACAACCUUCCUGAUAGUUUUUGUUCAGUAAUAAGAAAUAUAACAAACAGUAUACAACCAUCUUGGUACAGUUGUAUUCAGUUUAGUUCAGUUGGUAACGUUACAUUUUGUUUCUGUGAAUGCGACAUCUGUGCAUUGGAGACCUAUCUUUUAACUUCACUCGAUAUGACAUUGUCAAGUUAGUAAAAGUGGAUAUAGAGUGCAUUGGUAUUUAACUGGUACAAAUUUGUAAAACACAUGUAACCACAAUCAAAAAGCCGAUAGGUUCAGUACUAUAUCAUCAGUACUAUAUAUGCUUGACUUUAGUACACACUACACAGCCUACAUGGAGUAUGCCAAUGCUGGUUCUGGUAUAACUGCUAUGACGAUAAAACCAUUUUUGUCUGGUACAAUGUACUUGGUCUUUCUGUACAGACAACUCUGAAGGUAUAAAAAGAUUUUCAACAGAA